AUUAUAUUGUAGCAUCAACCUCAUUUCAUAACAUUGCAGGACAGGAUGGGUGACUUGAACGAGCUAAGGGCACAAUCUCUCUUCGACACCAAGGGCCGAGUGGCUGUGGUGACGGGCGGAGGCACUGGUCUUGGUCUCAUCACGGCCCAAGCACUUUGUGCAAAUGGUGUCAAGGUGUAUAUCACAGGACGAAGGCUCGAGAAGCUCAAAGAUGCCGAGAUGACGGACUCGGAGAGUGGUGGUGCAAUUAUCGGUCUACAGAUGGACUGCACCGAUAAGCAGAGCAUCGAGGCUGGGGUCAAGGAAAUCUCGAGCAAGGAGAAGUUUGUCAACUUCUUGGUGAACAACGCUGGGGUCACUUCAGUGAACUAUGGCCCCAGCGGGUUUCCGUCAGGCAGUGUCGCGGACAUUAGCAAGACCAUGUUCGAGAACCAAAACUUUGACGACUGGCUUUCCAUUUACAAAAUCAACGUCGCCUCCUACUACUUCACUUCUGCUGCCUUCUUGCCUCUACUCGUAGCAGCGAGAGACUUUGGCUAUAGCGAAGCUGGAAACAUCCUGAACAUCAGCUCCAUUUCGGGUAUCACAAAAGAGUCGCAGAAUGGCCAAUUUUCGUACAAUGCAAGCAAAGCCGCAACUAUCUCCUUGACGGAGCAGCUCGCCGUAGAUUUGAAGCGACCGGGAAUCGAAGUUCGAGUCAACACUCUUGCGCCUGGCUACUUUCCGAGCGAGAUGACACCUAUUGCGCGCGACGAUGCACAGGCGAAGGAGUUCUUCCGAAAGCCAGAAGGCUGGGGAAUUCCUUUUGGACGAGCUGGACAUUCUCGGGACUAUGCUCAGGCGGUGCUCAAUUUUGCUGUGAAUGGCUACAUUACCGGAUCUACUCUGGUCAUUGAUGGAGGUUGGUUGCUGGCUCAUGCUUAACUAAGGGUGGAGUCGAAGGAUGGUGUCGUGUCGUCGAUAUGGACAUGUUGAUAUGAG